CUACAGACUCUCACCGGCAAGACCAUCACUUUGGAUGUCGAGUCCCAGGACACCAUUGACAACGUCAAGACCAAGAUCCAAGAUAAGGAAGGUAUCCCACCAGACCAACAACGUCUGAUCUUCGCUGGAAAGCAACUUGAGGAUGGCCGUACUCUCUCAGACUACAACAUCCAAAAGGAAUCUACCCUUCACUUAGUCUUGCGUCUCCGUGGUGGUAUCAUUGAGCCAUCCCUUAAGGUUCUCGCUUCAAAGUACAACUGCGAAAAGCAAAUCUGCAGAAAGGUUUGUAUACUUUAUACUUACAGUUAA